GGCUUAUGGGGCUUGUAGUUCGGGGAGGGGAUAACAUAUACGGCUCACUUGUGUACCGUUACCAUAGCUACCGUUCUCCAGGACAUCAUGGCGAACAAGGCUGGGAAAAGAGAGUCUCGUACCAGGACUCCGGAGAAGAAGAAGUUGAAAGGGUUUGAGCAGUCGACCUCGCCUGUGCCAGAACAGACAGAGCCAGACAUCAGCGCUGGUCUUAAAGAUGAUGAAAUCCAGGCACUGGCUAUCAGACUGGAGGAUUUGGAGAAGCUUCACCCCCCACGACGCCCUAAAGAAGAACAGAAAGCUCCUACAAGGAAACAGAUCUUAAUCCGGAAGCAUCAAGAGCAGAGCAGAAAGAAGCGGCUGCUGGUAGCCCGACCAGUGCCACCAGGGUCUCCCAGCAAAGGACCGACUUUUUCUGGGGUAGAAGUCCCUUUGAGUGACACUCGUGGUCAGCUUCUGCCGCACAACGUUCUUGGGACCUUACAGGAGCUACGAGAAGAAGCCACCACAAGAGGAGACUUACAGAUUGCGCAGCUUAUACCAGACGGACCACAAUUUGACUUUCUUGGACCAUAUGACGGUGAGAGGACACUCCAACAGAAGAAAGAAGCUUUCGCGCAUCUCCAGAAGCAGGACAAUGCCUUGAAUAACUGGCAGUUCCACAUGAACCUCAGGAAGAGGCAACUGGACUCUUUAUCCUAUCAGCUCUGCAGACCCAGCGAACAGCUUCUAAUGAAUGUGUGCGAAGAUUUCCGCAGAGUUCAGGAGGAAAAACACUUGAUAGACCGCGGUAUCCCAGCACUGGAGCAUGGCAAGGGCCAUCGCAUUGGAAGUGAAUUCUGGAACGUGUCAGAACUUUUAGGAGAUGAGCUGACAGGCCUGAUGCUAACCUUUACUCAGUGCGAGCGGGGUUACCCCUCACCUGUCACCCGCAUAGGAAAACCAUGUAGCAUCCAGCAGGAGACAGGUUCUGCAGAAAGGCCCCCAUUUCACUGCACUUGGGAUAAAAGUUUAUAUCUUCAGCACCGCAAGGAGAAACUCAAAGCUGUCCUGGAGGAACUGAACUUCACCAAACCAGAUAUAGAGGGGUUGGAAGUCAUUGGGCGAGGACGUCCAUUUACAUCUGUAUCUUCUGAACGUGUUCCACUAAGUGAAGAGCAUCUAGAAACUCCAGCAGAAGAAGAUAAAGAAAACCAGGAUCCGCUCAGCGAUUUCCCAGAUGUUGUUCCUGAUUUUGUCCUGGGCCCCUCACUGCUUUUCUGUGGUCAGCCAGCAGUUUGGGUGGAAAAUCCUUUGACUUACAGGGAAAAAGUUGGCAUCUCCACACGCAUUACUUUUGAAGCCCUUGCAGGGGAGAAAGCGUCCUCAGUCCUGGAGGUUGUUAACAAUGGAAGUGCGGCGGUGUGGUAUGAGUGGAGACGCCUGCCACAUGCCACCAGUCUGGGCAAUCGACGCAAGGAACCUCGAGUACAACAUUUCUAUUUCAACACCAGUGCUGGUGUCAUCCUGCCGGGAGAAACACAGACGUUUCCCUUCGACUUCAAGUCACCGACAGCAGGAAUAUUUAGCGAGAACUGGGAGUUCUGCACCCACCCCGUAUUACUGGCCGGCGCUCUGAUCCAGGUGUCCCUGUGGGGGAUUUCCUUGUAUGAAGACAAGACGGCUCCCCUGAGGGAGGCUCUGCAGAGGGAGCUGGAGUCUCGGGAGGCCUUGUUUAUUGCUCAGAAGAUGGUUCACGAAAUUCUGGAUGGCGUUCGAAGCCCGGAGCGCCCCCAAUCACCAGUUACACACUUGACGGAAGAAGAGAUGUUCUGUACCAUGAACCCAAAGUUGCACCACAAGCAUGAGACGGUUCAGGAGCUGCACCAGUUGUGGAAGGAGUACAUCUCCCCUGAUGUCCAGGACAGCCUUAGCUUAUCCGAAGAGGUUCUGGAUCACUUUGUCCAAAGCACAAAUAGUGUAGAAAGUGAUGAGCUGAAAGAAGAAGAGAAGGUAGAGCAAGCCUGGAACUUAUCGGUUGUGGAUCUGAAACAGGCCGCUAUUGCCAUUCCUGAGGACGAAGCGAGAGAAGCUUUCUUACUUCAGCUGAACAAAAGUAUCACCCGGCUGAACGAACCGGUGCAGGAGGCGCCUCUAGACCUGUUACACCAGGCUUGUUUGCAGCUCUGGCGUGAAGCCAUAGAUGAGCUCGUAGAACGCUCCAUGGAGCUGCGCGCCGUACUGGGGAUGCCAGACAAGGACCUGACAGCGGAAUUCAUCAUUGAAGACUCAGUGUUGGAUCAAAAGCGUGCAAAAGGAGGCAAAGAUGAUAAGAGAGGAGGAGGCGUGAAAGAAGAUAAAAGGAUGCCUGGUGGAAAGGAAAAAGAUGAGAAGAAGGCCGGGAAGACAGCAAGGGACAAAUCAGAGAAAGAGGAACGUCCGACCAGUAGAAAACUGAAAGGCAAGGAUGACAAAAAAAUCCAGAAGCCAUCAGCCAUCUCCAGAGAGAACAAGGAGCUGGUGUCCUCGGGAGAAAGUUUAGACUUCACCCCUCCAGAGUCUCGGCUCUGCCUCGUGGAUCCAGUUAUACAAGAAAAAUAUAAGGAAAACCUGUAUACCGUGAUGUAUGGCAUCCUUGAAGCAGUGGCAGAAAAUCUGGUCCCUAUCGCAGAAGACUUGAAAUUGGGGAAAUCUGUGUCCAAAACUGUCGACCAAGACACAUCAGAAGGCUUUGAGAAUUUUUUAAUCUUUAGUCCUUAAGAUCUUGAGCCGAUGUUUCAUGGAAUUAACUAAUAUUGUAUGUACACAUGAA